UCAGGAAAUAGGUGUGUCUAGGGCGUGGCCAAACUUGCAGCAAAAUGCCUCAAAAGGUUCAGGUAUAUAUUUAUGAUCUUUCUAUGGGAUUAGCCUCUCAAUUCUCAGCACUGUUCCUCGGGAAGCAAAUCAAUGGAAUAUGGCAUACAGGCAUUGUGGUUUAUGGUAAGGAAUGGUUCUAUGGAGGGGAAGGAAUAAUGCACACACACCCGGGCGGUACAGUAAUGGGACCUCCUCAUCAAGUCGAGGACCUUGGGGAGACGGAUGUGCCCGAGGAGAUUUUUCGUGACUAUCUAAAAGAUAUAUCUGCUCAGUUUAGCAAUCAAACGUAUAAUCUUUUUACUAACAAUUGCAACACUUUCUCAAAUGAGAUAGCACAGUUCCUUACCAGUAGGAGUAUACCUGAACAUAUAUCUAAUCUACCACAGGAGGUCCUGGAAACUCCAUUUGGUGCUCAGAUUAAACCAAUGCUUGAUCAGAUGCAAAAUAUAAGAGGAAAUUUUGAGCAACCAUUGCCAGCUGCUCCUCCUCAAGCAAGACAGUCUACUAGUACUAGCACAGCAAGACCUGCUCCCACAGCGACAGGAGGAUCCCAGUCUUUCCCAGAGUCUGACAUUUUAAAGAUUACAUCAAAGGGGUUCUCACGGUCUGAAGCACUCAAGGAGUUGGAUAAAUGCAAUGGUGAUGCUGAUAAAGCUUUGGUCUGUUUGCUGGCUAGGUCGCUGAAAAUAUAACAAUCUUUUUAUAUUAUCAACUAUUGUGUAUUUCUAAUUUCUGAACAAUUUAUACUA